AUGAUUCCGUUCAUUCUAGUCUUUGCUGUGCUCCUGGGUGUCUCUGGCGCCGCGGACUCCAAGCCUGGUGGCGACACCCUGAGAGGAAUCGCUCCCAACUGCAACGCAUUUCACACGGUAAAUAAGGGCGAUGAUUGCGACACCGUCGUGUCUGAAUAUGACAUCACCCGCGCUGAGUUUCUGAAAUGGAACCCGGCAGUCUCCAAGGACUGUAGCAAGAACUUUUGGGUCACCUAUGCAUACUGCGUUGGUGUUGAUCAAGAUGCUUCGAGUACUGCGUUCUCUACCUUUACUACAAAGACACCGAGCCGUGUUACUUCGACUACAGCUGGCCACGGCCAAGAUACCACCACCACCAUCAGAACCUUCGCUACACAAGUUUCCAGGAACACUUCCACCAAGGCUGAUACGACUUACUCGAUUCGGAAUCCCGUCGUUACGUGGGAACUGGCCAGCCCGACCGAAGGUGCCGAAUGGCCUCUUUAG